UGGCGCCAGCAGGAAGUUACAUUUUCAAACGGAGGUAUUAUUUCUUCCAGGCAGUACUGGCAUUGACGACGCGUGUGCUAGUUUAGUCGUCUUUUAGUAGUUCUAAGCGUAAUCAAUACUGAACGAAUAUUCGUUUAAAAAAGAAGAAGAAGAUGGCAGAACCUUUGAAGUCGAAUUUCUUUGAGAACAGGCCACUGCAAAAGACAAAGAAAGAUGCCAAACGUUUGUCGGUGGAGAGGAUUUAUCAGAAGAAGACUCAGUUGGAGCACAUCUUGCUCAGACCUGACUCUUACAUUGGCUCUGUGGAGCCUGUUACCCAGCAAAUGUGGGUGUAUGAUGAAGAUGUUGGAUUAAACUGCCGGGAUGUGACAUUUGUGCCAGGGCUUUACAAGAUUUUUGAUGAGAUUCUUGUCAAUGCUGCUGACAACAAGCAGAGGGAUCAAAGCAUGUCCUGCAUCAAAAUCAACAUUGAUGUUGAAAACACCACCAUUAGUGUAUGGAAUAACGGCAAGGGUAUUCCAGUGGUGGAGCACAAGGUGGAGAAAGUGUAUGUGCCUGCUCUCAUCUUCGGCCAGCUCCUUACGUCCAGUAACUAUGAUGACGAUGAGAAGAAAGUCACUGGUGGCCGCAAUGGAUAUGGUGCCAAGCUGUGCAACAUCUUCAGCACAAAGUUCACGGUUGAGACCGCCUGUCGAGAAUCAAAAAAGUGCUUCAGACAGACCUGGUAUGACAACAUGGGCAGGGCCGCGGAAGCCACCAUCGGAUCUUAUGACAGAGAUGACUACACCUGCAUCACCUUUCGGCCAGAUCUGGCUAAGUUUAAGAUGAGCAUUCUGGACAAAGACAUAGUGGCCUUGAUGACCAGGAGGGCCUAUGACAUUGCUGGAUGCACCAAGGGUGUCUGCGUGUUCUUCAAUGGCAAGAAGCUGCCAGUCACAAAUUUCCGCAGCUACGUGGACUUGUAUCUAAAGGACACCGUCACCAUAACAGACAGUGCCACCCAGGUGGUUCAUGAGAUUGUCAACGAGCGCUGGGAGGUCUGCCUCACUGUGAGCGAGAAGGGUUUCCAGCAAGUCAGCUUUGUCAACAGCAUCGCCACAACCAAGGGCGGGAGGCACAUUGACUAUGUGGGCGAUCAGGUGGUUGGCAAGCUAAUUGAUGUUGUAAAGAAGAAGAAUAAAGCUGGCGUGGCUGUUAAACCUUUCCAGGUGAAAACCCACAUGUGGCUGUUUGUCAACUGUCUGAUUGAGAACCCCACAUUCGACUCCCAGACCAAAGAGAACAUGACUCUGCAGCAGAAGAGCUUUGGCUCCACCUGCCCCCUUCCUGACAAAUUCAUUAAAAGGGCCAUGUCCUGCGGAAUUGUGGAACAUAUCAUGGACUGGGUGAAGUUCAAAACUCAGCUGCAGCUCAACAAGAAGUGUUCAGCUGUCAAGCACACCAAAAUCAAGGGGGUGCCCAAGCUGGAUGACGCCAACGAUGCAGGUGGGAGGAACUCCUUGGGCUGCACACUGAUCCUUACAGAGGGAGACUCGGCCAAGACGCUAGCGGUGUCUGGGCUGGGUGUGGUUGGCAGGGACCGCUAUGGAGUCUUUCCACUUCGAGGAAAAAUGCUCAACGUUCGAGAGGCCUCACAUAAGCAGAUAAUGGAAAAUGCUGAGAUCAACAAUGUCAUCAAGAUCCUUGGUCUCCAGUACAAAAAGAACUACAGUGACCCCGAGUCCCUCAAGUCUCUGCGCUACGGCAAGAUCAUGAUCAUGACGGAUCAGGAUCAAGAUGGCUCCCACAUUAAAGGUUUGCUGAUCAACUUCAUCCAUUACAACUGGCCCUCACUGCUGCGCCACAACUUCCUGGAAGAGUUCAUCACUCCUAUCAUCAAGGCAUCCUUCAAGAAGUCCCAGUUGUCAUUCUACAGCAUUCCCGAGUUCAAUGAAUGGAAGGAGAGCCAGUCCAACUACAAAUCUUGGAAAAUCAAAUACUACAAAGGUUUGGGUACCAGCACAGCACAGGAGGCCAAGGAGUAUUUCAGUGACAUGCAGAAACACCGUAUUCCAUUCAAGUACUCCGGACCUCAAGAUGAUGAAGCUAUUACCCUUGCCUUUAGCAAGAAAAAAGUGGAAGAGCGCAAAGAGUGGCUCACCAAUUUCAUGAUCAACAGACGUCAGCGAAAGGAACACAACCUGCCUGAGGAGUAUCUCUACGGUCAGGCCCUGACGUCCCUUUCCUACAAUGACUUUGUCAACAAGGAACUGGUGCAAUUCUCCAACUCUGACAAUGAAAGGUCCAUCCCCUGCCUAGUGGAUGGGCUGAAGCCGGGCCAGAGGAAGGUAUUGUUCUGCUGUUUCAAGAGAAACGACAAGCGGGAGGUGAAGGUGGCCCAGUUGGCUGGUUCAGUGGCGGAGAUGUCUGCGUAUCAUCAUGGAGAGAUGUCUUUGAUGAUGACCAUUAUUGGGUUGGCUCAGAACUUUGUGGGAAGCAACAACCUGAACCUGUUGCAGCCUCUUGGUCAGUUUGGAACCAGGCUGCACGGCGGCAAGGACUCUGCAAGCCCACGUUACAUUUUCACCAUGCUAAGCCCGCUGUCACGUCUUCUUUUUCCGCCGAUGGACGACGAACUGCUGAAGUACAACUACGACGAUAACCAGCGUGUCGAACCCGAGUGGUACAUGCCCAUCCUCCCUACUGUACUAGUGAACGGUACCGAUGGUAUCGGCACAGGCUGGGCCAGCAAAAUCCCCAAUUUUGACAUCCGAGAGAUUGUCACCAAUGUUCUGCGAAUGCUUGAUGGAGAGGAGCCGCUGCCCAUGCGCCCAAAUUAUAAAGGUUUCAAGGGCACAAUUGAGGAGCUGGCUGACAACCAGUACAUGAUAUGCGGAGAGGUGGCCAUCCUUGAUUCCACCACCAUUGAGAUCUCGGAAUUGCCGGUGAAAACUUGGACACAGACUUACAAGGAAACGGUCCUGGAGCCGAUGCUGAAUGGCACGGAGAAGGUCCCCGCUUUGAUCACGGACUACAAGGAGUAUCACACCGACACCACUGUGCGAUUUGUGAUCAAGAUGACUGAAGAGAAGCUACGGGAGGUAGAGGCUGCUGGCUUCCAUAAAAUCUUCAAGCUGCAGAUUCCUCUCACCUGCAAUUCCAUGGUUCUGUUUGACCACGUGGGCAGCCUGAAGAAGUACAAAUCUGUGCAGGAUAUUUUCAAAGAUUUCUUUACAUUGAGGAUGAAGUACUAUGGGCUGAGAAAGGACUGGCUUUUGGGCAUUUUGGGGGCAGAGUGCGCUAAGCUCACCAACCAGGCUCGCUUUAUCCUGGAGAAAAUCCAGGGCACGUUGGUCAUUGAGAACAAAGCAAAGAAGGAACUGAUUCGCAUGCUGGAAACGAUGGGCUACGCCUCCGACCCAGUCAAAGCCUGGAAACAGUCACAAGAGAAGAAUGAGGACGAGGAAGACGAUGAGCAGGAGCAAGCACCAGAGGAGGACACCAGUGGCCCCGACUACAACUACCUGCUGAACAUGCCGAUGUGGUUCUUGACCAAGGAGAAGAAGGAGGAGCUGUGCAAGCAGAGAGAUGCUAAGGCUGUAGAACUGAGUACUCUGGAGAAGAAAUCUCCAAGUGACUUGUGGAAGGAAGACCUUUCUGCUUUCUCUGAAGAACUGGAGCGCGUUGAGGCCAAAGAGCGAGAGGACGCUGCCAUGCCCGUCACGAAGACCUCGGGGAAAGGGAAGAAGUUGAAGGUGAAACAGGAAACCCUUCCCACGCCACAGGGUCGCAGUGUCAUCCCACGCAUCACCAGUGCUAUGAGAGCAGAAGCUAACAAGAAGGCUGACCUUUUGAAGGAAGGCAAGAAGGGCAGAAAAGUCAAGACGGAAGAUGUGGUCGUGAAGAUGGAUUUUGGGGAAGACGGGGAGGACGCACAGCCAGUCGAGGAAGUUGGCUUGGCUGCCAGAUUGAGCAAAAAAAGCAAAACAUCCUCACAAGAAAAAGCAUCCAAGACCGGCAAGCAGACCACACUUCAGUUCAAGCCGGUGGCCAAGAGGGUCAAGAAGAAUCUGGAGUCGGAGGAUGAAUCCGAAUCUGAAGUCGCCGCCCCCAGAGAAAAGAGCACAGGUGCCACUUCUGAUGAAUUUGAUGACUGGGCCAAGAAUGACUCUACAAAACGAAAAGCGAUGACCAGCGACAAUGACGACUUCUCCCCAGAUCCCCUAACCUUGUCUGACAGUGACAUGGACUCUCCUGCUCCUCCUCCCAAAGCCCCAGCGAAAAAAGUGACAAAGACAAAAUCAACAGUUAAGAAACAACUUGGAAGCAAAUCAAGCUCCCAUUCUGAAGACCAGGAUGCCGUACCAAAGGCUCCAAUUCAACGCAAGACCAAAGCGGCUGCACCCAAGAAACCCGCUGCCCCUAAGAAAGCGGCCACAUCCAAGAAGGCUGCAGAUGCGAAGCAGCCAUCCAUCCUGGAUGCUCUGUCCAAACCCAAACCCUCGUCCAAGAGGGUGCCCUCGUUUGACUCCAGUGACUCGGAGCGCGAAGCUAAUGUUAAAGCUCCAAAAACCAAGCCCGCUCCAAAAAAACAGAAGGUCCUUACUGACGACUCUGACAGUGACUCAAUGAACCUCAUGUCCCGUGUCAAGGCGAGAUCAACCGCAAAGAAAAUUACGUUGAGCGAGGAUGAAAGCUUCCAGAUUCCAAACCGUGAGUCCGCUGCUCCAAAAGCAGUGGCUGCAUACGACAAGCCCAGAAGAGCCAGGAAGCCCGUGAACUACGACUUUGACUCUGACUCUGACUAGACCUCCACGCCAGUUGUUCAUGUUUCUUAAAUGUUGCUCUUGCAAAUGUGUAAAUAUUUCAACUUUAAUAGUUAGUGUUAACAUUUGAAGUAGUUCUUUUUAUUCCAGUUUUUCCCCUUUUAAAAAAAAAAAAAUCCACUAAACAUGUUGACCUGUAAAUGUUUUCUAUUCUAACAAAAUAAAUUUCUUGAGAUUUGUA